AUGAGAGCGUCCUUCGCUGCUCUGGCAGCGGCCAUCCUGGCUUUCACGGACAUCGCCACUUUGGCGCAUGCCCAAGACACUCGGCCGAUGGAAAACCUGGGCCGCGGUGUUGUGGCAGUGCGCUCUGGAGACGAGGAGGUCCUAGUCACUUGGCGGCUUCUGGGACUUGACCCCGAGGAUAUUGGGUUCAACAUCUACCGGGCGACCGGCGACGGGGAUGCAGAAAAACUUAAUUCCAAGGUGCUUACGGGUGGAACGAACUAUGUCGACUCCAACGUCACCACCAACAAAUCGAACAGUUACUUUGUGCGUCCCGUGGUCGACGACAAAGAGCAAGACAGCAGCGGAAAGUUCGUCCUUCCGGCGGAUCAAGAGACAGAGCCCAUCGUGCGAAUCCCUCUCCGUGAUAGCGGCAGCAUAAAAUAUGUUUGGGUGGGUGACCUCGAUGGGGAUGGAGAGUACGACUACGUCGUCGAUCGGACCAACGAGAGACAAAGCAUCGAGGCCUAUCUCGGGAACGGCACCUUUUUGUGGGAGGUGGGCUUAGGCACCAACAGCGAGAACCAGAACAACAUCUCUCCGGGCUCGACGGCCAUUAGUGUUGGCAACUGGGACGGAGUGACGGUCUACGACUUCGACAGUGAUGGAUACGCCGAGGUGGCCAUUCGAAUCGCGAAUGGUGUGACCUUCGGGGAUGGGGAGACCUUCAGCAACGACGACGAUAACGAACAAUGGGUGGCCAUCCUUGACGGAAAGACCGGCAAACUCAGAGCGAGGAGCAAGAUUCCCGAUGACUACAUCGAGAGUGGCCCACUGGCUGCUCGGUUCGGAGCCGGCUACCUGGACGGUAAGACACCUCAUCUCUAUGCCUUCAUGAAGAAUCGCAAUGAGGACAAGUCAUUCAACCGCGUUCUCGGGGCCUGGACAUUCGACGGUGACUCUAUAACCGAGCAGUGGAUCCUGCUGAACAACGCAACUGAUGGCGCGGACGGCCACAACACCCGUAUCAUCGACUUGAAUGGCGACGGAAAGGACGAGGUCGCAGAAAUUGGCUUCGUCGUCAACGGAGACGGCACCAUCCUCUAUGAAAUGCCUGAGCCUGUUAUCCAUGGCGACCGGUUCCACAUUGCCAAAAUGGACCCCGAGCGAGACGGACUGCAGGGCUACGGCAUCCAGCAAGACAACCCCGAGAACCUGAUGGAGUACUACUACGACGCCGCCACCGGCGAGUUCAUCUGGGAGCACUACGCAGACGAGACUGGCGACGUCGCGCGUGGCAUGGUGGGCGAUAUCGAUCCCACGCACCCCGGCUACGAAGCCUGGUCCUUCUCGGGGGUGUACAACGCUCCUUCCAACGAACUGACGGUCGAGGAUACCACUCAGUACCCCUGGCCUCACCUCGGCCUCUGGUGGGAUGGCGACGAGCUGCUGGAGCUGCUCAACGACGGCAAGAUCGAGAAAUGGGACUGGGAGAACCCAAGCGUAUCGGGCAGCGUUCCUCGACUGGUCACAACUAGUAAAUUCGGCGCGACCAACCCGGGUGGUCGAUACCCUGGCUUUGUGGGGGACAUUCUCGGCGAUUGGCGCGAGGAGGUGAUCAUGACCAACGACGCCAACGAUGAGCUGGUCAUCUUCACCACCGACCAGCCUAGCGACAUCCGACUGUAUACGCUGGCGCAUAACCCGGCCUAUCGCAACGCUAUGACUUUGAAGGGUUACAUGCAGUCUCACCACGUGGAUUAUUUCCUUGGCAAAGACAUGGAGACUCCUGCGCAGCCCAAGAUUCACUACGUGGGUGCUUAG